ACACCCGAAACACAGAGAGAGAGAUAUCUAGUAUCUAUCUACUGUUCGAAAACGAGCAGCUCGGUCUCAAUUUCUCUAAUUUUCUCAUUCUGUUUUCUCUGAUUUGAAGGUCAAUAAACCCUAACUUCGUUUUGCUGAGUUUCAACGACCGAGUUUUGAGUUUGAAUUUUUUAUUUAGUUUGUUUGACAAAAAUUUUACUUCGUUGGAGCCCCAGUUUCUUAGGAAGAAAAAAACUUUGUUAAAACCCUAGGAGGAUUCAUUUCUUUUGUUGUUGUACCCUCGAUUUGUGAUUGAAAAUUCGGUUUGUUGCGGUCAAUGAAUCAUUGAGAUUCGUCGGCAGAUGUCAGUCGAGAGAUCAUUUGAAGCGUGGGAGGAGGUGCAACGCCACGGGCAAGACCUUGCAGACCGGCUCUCUCAGGGCUUCACGGGCCUCAUACAAUCCCACAUAACUCCUCCUGCGUUCCCGUGGCAGAACACUCACACAUACAAGCUCUUCGACCUCGAGUUCCCGGGCUAUAGUUUCGAGAAGAGGGAUUUUGGAGUUGCGAUUGACAGUUCAGGAAUCAAUGGGGUAACGGCAAUUCUCGACAUUGGUAAUAGGAUUGGGCAGGCUGGGGUGGACUUCGGUGGGUUCUUGAAUGGUGUGGUGCAUCAGUUCUUUAGGCAGCUUCCGAUGCCGUUCAAGCGAGAGGAUAGAGUGGCGAGAGUGGAUCUGGGUGUCGGUAAGCAGAAGAGUGCAGGGGGUUUGGGUGUAGGAGUAGGUGGGGUUAUUCAGGAGGAUUUGGGAGUUAUGAUGGAGAGGUUGAACGAGUCUGGGUUCACAAAGAAUGAAGGCAGUUCGGAUGGAAUUAUGGAUGAAGAGGUGGGUGGGGUUAAUCUGAGGUCUGCUGGACUUCUGGGUCGAUCACAGGGGACUAUAAACAUAACGUCGACUUAUGAUAGUAGAACACAUGAGAUUGAAAACUCUUUGAUUGCGAGGGGCGAUUUAUGGAGAGUAGAGGCUGGAGGUUCGGUGUCAGGAAAUGAUAACUCUUCUCUCUUCCUCAUCCAGCUUGGACCAGUUCUCUUUGUUCGUGAUUCAACACUGCUUUUACCUGUUCAUCUUUCGAAGCAACACUUGCUUUGGUAUGGGUAUGAUAAGAAGAAUGGCAUGCAUUCUUUUUGUCCAGCUGUUUGGUCAAAGAAUAGAAGGUGGCUGCUGAUGUCCAUGCUCUGUCUCAAUCCCGUAGCUUGUUCAUUCGUGGAUUUGCAGUUUCCAAAUGGGCAGUUGACAUAUGUAUCUGGUGAGGGGCUGACCACCAGUGCUUUUCUACCUCUUUGUGGAGGCCUUCUCCAAGCUCAGGGUCAAUAUCCAGGAGAAAUGAGAUUUAGCUUCUCUUGCAAGAACAAGUGGGGAACACGUAUAACACCAAUGGUACAAUGGCCGGACAAGUCCUUUACAUUGGGUCUUGCACAACCUUUGGCUUGGCAAAGAUAUGGUCUCAUGGUGAGGCCAACCGUUCAAUUCAGUUUAUGCCCUACUUUUGGUGGAAGCAAUCCUGGGUUGCGGGCUGAGCUUAUUCAUUCAAUGAAGGAGAAACUAAAUCUCAUAUGUGGCUGUUCAUUUGCAACACACCCUUCAGCAUUUGCAUCCAUAUCGUAUGGAAGAUCCAAGUGGAAUGGUAACGUUGGGAGCUCUGGGAUUGUUGUGAGGGUUGAUACACCGCUUACCCAAGUUGGAAGACCAUCCUUCUCCGUUCAGAUAAACAGUGGUAUUGAGUUCUGAUGUUCUCCUAUCCACAAUGAAGUGUAAAUACCACCUAGUCUCUGGUCUUGACAAAUAGCCAACGAUCAUACAAUACCUCAUGUAAUUAUCCGAAGGUUUGUACUCUUAAAACAAAUCCUGGUUGCAUGCACUUUAGAAUCUUGUUUCGCCUGAUGGGUUUUUGGUGGAUGUGGGUUCUGAAUCAUGAAGAAUCAAUCAAGGAAAAUUUUGAUAAUUCAGA